AUGUCAAUUCUUUUAGAAGGAUACCUCGAAAAACAGGGAGAAAAAGGAAUUUAUAAAUCAUAUAAAAAUAGAUAUUUUUCAUUAGCAAAAAAUGGAUUUGAUUUACAUUAUUUUGAAAGUCCACCACCAAAAGAUGUAAGUUUUAGUUCAUCAACACAAAGUUCAACAGCAUUAUCAUUGGGAUAUUUAGAUAUUCGUCAAGUUACAUCAAUAAAGAAAGUUGAUGGUAAUUUUGUAUUUCAUGUUGAAGUACCAGGAAGAGUUUAUAUAUUAAGAGCUAAAAAUGAUACAGAGAUAAACUAUUGGAUUGAAGGUAUAAAAGAUGCAAUUAAGUAUCAUGAAAUCAAUUCAAGUCAAGUUCAAGUAUUGGAUGGGUUAAUUAAAACCAAAGAUAAUGAUAUAAUAAAACUUCGUGAGAAAAUCAAACAUUUGAAUGAGAAACAUCAAGAGUCUGAAAAAAGAUACCAAGAGAAAGAAAAGAAAUUUGAAGAACAAAGAACCAUUGAAAUUCAAGAAACCACUAAAAAAGAACAAGAAAUUAAAUCACUAACUCUACAACUAUCAAGUAAAGACGAGUCAAUGAAAUCAUUGGAGAAACAAGUGGAGAAAUUGGUUGAUAUUGAACAUCGUUCAGAGAUUGAACAAACUAAAAAAGAUAAUGAAAUUUUAAAAUUAACUGAAAAAAUCAAAGAGAUUCAAUUGAUUGAGAAUUUAAAUUCAACAAAUGAUUCAAAAGUUAAUCAAUUGUUAGAGGAUAAUAUCAAAAGAUUACAAGAAUCAUUAAAUGAAAUUAAAGAUGAAAACAAUGAUUUACAAUCAUUAAUCGAUACACAAAAACAACAAUUUGAAAAAAGAAUUAAUCAAUAUCAAUUGGAAAUUCAAGAUAAAGAAAAUGAAUUAAAUGAAAUGAAUCAACAAAGUUUAUCACAAGUUAAAUCAUUUCAACAAUCAUUACAACAAUCUCAAUUGGAUUUAGAAAAUGAUAAAAAUCAAUUCUCAACGAAAUUACAAUUGGUAAAUAAUGAAAUUCAAUCUUUAAAAUCAAUAGUAGAUGAUAAACUUAAAGAAAUUCAAUUAAAAGAUAAUCAAUUAACUCAAUUAAAUCAACAACAUGAAAUUGAUAAUAAUAAAAACAAUCAAAUGAUUUUAGAAUUAAAUGAUAAUAUUUCAAAAAUUUCUAAUCAAUUAAAUGAAAAAGAUAAUAAAAUUCAAGAAUUAUCAAAACAAUCAAUUGAUAAACAAAAAGAAAUUGAAAAUAGUACUUCAUCAUCUGACCAAUUACAAUUAAAAUUAAAUGAUAUCUCUAAUGAAUUACUUGAAAAAUUAAAUGAUAUUAAUCAAUUAUCAAAUAAAUUACAAGAUAAAGAAAAUCAAAUUUUAGAAAUUAAUAAUAAAUUAAAUGAAAAAGAAAAUCAAUUAAUUUCAAAGGAUAAUCAACUUAAUCAAUUAAUUGAAAAUAAUGAAUCAUCAUCUGAUGAAUUAAAAUUAAAAUUAAAUCAAUUAUCUGAUGAAUUACAAGAAAAAGAUGAAAAACUUUUAAAUAAUCAAUCUGUAAUCAAUGAAUUACAAUCAAAUUUAAAUGAAAAUCAAAAUAAAAUUAAUGAAUUAAUUGAAAAUAAUCAAUCAUCAUCUGAUGAAUUAAAAUUAAAAUUAAAUCAAUUAUCUGAUAAAUUACAAGAAAAAGAUGAAAAAUUAAAAUCAUUAGAAUCUUCAAUCAUUGAAAGAGAUGAAAAAAUUGAUCAAUUACAAGAUAAUUUAAAUGAAAAACAAGAUAAAAUUAAUGAAUUAGUUGAAAAUAAUGAAUCAUCAUCUGAUGAAUUACAAUCAAAAUUAAUUCAAUUAUCUGAUCAAUUACAAGAAAAAGAUGAAAAACUUUUAAAUAAUCAAUCUAUAAUCAAUGAAUUACAAUCAAAUUUAAAUGAAAAUCAAAAUAAAAUUAAUGAAUUAAUUGAAAAUAAUCAAUCAUCAUCUGAUGAAUUAAAUUCAAAAUUAAUUAAAUUAUCUGAUGAAUUAAAAGAUAAAAAUGAAAAUGUAAGAUCAUUAGAAACUUCAAUCAUUGAAAAUCAAGAUAAACUUGAUCAAUUAAUUCAAUCUAAUCAAGUUACAGUCAAUGAAUUACAAUCGAAAUUAAAUGAAAAAGAAAUUAAUAUUAAUCAAUUAAUUGAAAAUAAUCAAUCAUCAUUAGAUGAAUUACAAUCGAAAUUAAAUGAAAAACAAAAUGAAAUUAAUCAAUUAAUUGAAAAUAAUCAAUCAUCAUCUGAUGAAUUACAAUCAAAAUUAAAUGAAAAACAUCAAGAAAUUAGUGAAUUACAAUCAAAAUUAAAUGAAUUAAUUGAAAAUAAUGAAUCAUCUUCUGAUGAAUUACAAUCAAAAUUAAUUCAAUUAUCUGAUGAAUUAAAAGAAAAAGAUGAAAAAUUAAAAUCAUUAGAUUCAAUAAUCAUUGAAAAUCAAGAAAAACUUGUUCAAUUAACUAAAUCAAAUCAAGAUUCAUUGGAUGAAUUACAAUCAAAAUUAAAUGAAAAACAAAAUGAAAUUAAUGAAUUAAUUGAAAAUAAUCAAUCAUCUUCUAAUGAAUUACAAUCAAAAUUAAAUGAAAAACAAAAUGAAAUUAAUCUAUUAAUUGAAAAUAAUCAAUCAUCCUCUGAUGAAUUACAAUCAAAAUUAAACGAAAAACAUCAAGAAAUUAAUGAAUUACAAUCAAAAUUAAAUGAAAAACAAAAUAAAAUUAAUGAAUUAGUUGAAAAUAAUGAAUCAUCUUCUGAUGAAUUACAAUCAAAAUUAAUUCAAUUAUCUGAUCAAUUACAAGAAAAAGAAAAUCAAUUAAAAUCAUUUGAAUCUUCAAUAAUUGAAAGAGAUGAAAAACUUAAUCAAUUACAAUCAAAAUUAAAUGAAAAACAAAAUGAAAUCGAUCAAAUAACUGAAAAUAAUCAAUCAUCAUUAGAUGAAUUACAAUCAAAUUUAAAUGAAAAACAAAAUGAAAUUAAUCAAUUAAUUGAAAAUAAUCAAUCAUCACUAGAUGAAUUACAGUCAAAAUUAAAUGAAAAACUAAAUGAAAUUAAUGAAAAAGAUAAUAAAAUUAAUGAAUUAAUUCAAACUAAUGAAUCAUUAUCAAAAGAUCAACAAAGUAAAUUUGAAAAUUUAGAACAAGAAUUAGAAGAAAAAAAUAAUAAAAUAUUAGAUUUAAAUUCACAAAUCAUUGAUGUAAAUCAUCAAUUUAGUGAAAAAGAAAAUGAAUUAAAUCAAUUACAAUUAAAAUUAAUUGAAAAAGAUCAAGAAAUUGAAAAUCAAAAUAAUAAAAUAAUUGAUAUUAAUAAUCAAUUAAAUGAAAAAGAAAAAGAAAUAAAUAUCAAUAAUGAUAAUGAUAAUAAUAAUGAAGAAAAUAUACAAUUAAUUGAAGAAUUAAAAGAAAAAUUACAAGAUUUAGAAAAUGAAUUAAAUUUAGAAAAAGAUACAGUUAAUGAAAAAAAUGAUGAUAUUAAUGAAUUAAAAGAAGAGAUUAAAUUAAUUUCAGAGAAAUUAUCAGAAAAAGAACAAGAAUUAAAUGAAAUGAUAAAUGAUUAUGAUGAAAGUUUAAAUGAAAUUAAUGAUCAAAAAGAUUUAGUUAAAUCAUUAAAUGAAAGAUUAACAAAUGCUCAUUUAAAAAUUAAUGAAAAAGAUAAUGAAAUUCAUUCAUUAUCAAAAGAAGGUUUUAAUGAAAUUCAAUCACAAUUAAAUUUAAUUACAAAUCAAUUAUCUGAAAAAGAUAAUUUAUUAAUAGAAAAAUCACAAAUUAUUAGUGAUCUUGAAUUACAAUUAAGAGAAUCUUAUAAAGAAAGAUCAUCCUCAUCAUCUUUACAUCAACAACAACAAAUGAUUAGUCCAGAUUUAUCAAAUUCAAAUGAUGAAUUAAUUGUAGAAAAAGAAGAAAUUAUUAAUGAAUUAAAAGAAAAGAAUCAACAAUUAGAACAACAAUUACAAGAUUUAUGUCAACAAUUUAAUAAGAAUAAACAAGAGAAUGAAUUGAAAUGUCAACAAUUGGAAGAAGAGAAUGAUGGUUGGAAGAAUGAAAUUGAUACAUUGAAUCAAAGAUUAAAGACUCAAUCAUUAAAUACAUCACCAGACUCUUCAGAGUUACAACAACAAUUGGAUAUUAUCUCAAAUCAAGAAUUGAAUAUUAAACAAUUGGAAAAAGAAUUACAAGAUAAAUCUGGUAAAAUCGAUAAUUUAGAAUAUCAAGUUGAAGAAAUGAAUAAACAAUAUCACAUUGAUAUUAAUCAAAAAACAAAUGAAUCUUCUGAAAAAUUACAAUCAAUUCAAUUGGAAAUCGAUACAAUUAGAGAGAAAUAUUUCUUUGCCAUUGCUCGUUCUCUUAAAUUACAAGGUGCUCAAAUGGGUUGGUCAAUGAGUCGUUCAAUUUUUGAUAUGUUUGAUGAAAUUAAAUCUUUAAAUAUUAAUUUUGAUGAAUGGCCAAUUUGGAUUUCAAAUCAAUUAGAAAAAUAA